UAGUAGCGAGUUUGGCAACCAUGAAGAUGGCUGAUGGAUCCACUAUUUUAAGGAGAAAUAGGCCUGGGACAAAAGCGAAGGAUUUCAGUCGUUGGCCAGAUGAACCAUUCGAAGAAAUGGAUAGCACACUUGCUGUACAGCAAUACAUUCAGCAACAGAUACGAAGAGACCCAGCAAAUAUUGAUCUUAUUCUCACCCGGCCAGAAUCGCAGGAUGAAGGCGUUUGGAAAUACGAACACUUAAGGCAGUUCUGUAUGGAGCUAAAUGGUUUGGCAGUUCGUCUUCAGACUGAAUGCCAUCCAGAAACAUGUACGCAGAUGACAGCUACGGAACAGUGGAUUUUUCUGUGUGCUGCACACAAAACUCCAAAGGAAUGCCCAGCCAUUGAUUACACGAGGCACACGCUAGAUGGAGCAGCUUGUUUGCUAAACAGUAACAAGUAUUUUCCUAGCAGGGUAAGCAUCAAGGAAUCAUCAGUUGCAAAACUUGGCUCCGUAUGUCGAAGAGUAUACAGGAUUUUCUCACAUGCAUACUUUCAUCACAAAACUAUAUUUGAUGACUUUGAGAAUGAAACGUACCUGUGUAGGCGAUUUACAGCAUUUGUUACAAAAUAUAAUCUCAUGUCAAAAGAUAAUCUCAUUGUUCCAAUCCUUGAAGAUGAAGGCAGUGGAGAGACGGAUGCUUAGGAAUGCAAAUAAUGGAGAUGGUGUGAAUUAUAGAAAUGGAAUGAAGGUUCAUGGCACGAGGCCUAGGUGACCGAGCAGUGUGUUGUAUUGUACCACACUGAUGAAGUAUGAUCAGAACACAUUUCUUGUGUCUCAUUCCUUAGGAAAAUUGAAAGAUAUGGUGACCAUUCUUCUUGCAUUUAAAGAGAAAGCAUUCUUGUCAAUCCGUUGGAAUAUAACCCAGAUGACUUUCGUAGGUUUCACUACAACCCCCUGAAGAAUGUGUUACAGAAUCUUCUGGCAACUGCCAUGAACUGGUAACAUUAUGCAAUACUCAGCUAUUUAUAAUAUAGCUUCAGGUAGGAGCUGGUGACUAUACUUUGUAUACAUACGGCAGGACCAAGUAUAUCCGGCCAUUAUGCCUUUUUGGUGCUGUGCACCACUCAUUAAUAAUUCUCCCUGUCCUGUCUAGCAGUUAGAACAGGAUUGAACUAAUGCAGGUACUUUCACCAUGUGCUGUCAUAAUUUCAUAGGGAAGAAUGUCAUAACAUUGUAGUCACAUUCAUUCAAUUUUAUAUUUAUUCUUUGUUUGCUGCUGAUACGACACUUCAUUGAACAUACGUUGAUCAGAAUUUAGGAUAAAUUUAUUUAUUUAAUACAUGUUGGUAUAAUAGAUAUGAGAUCAUACAUGUCAGUCACAUAAAACUAAAAGUUUUGCAAAGUUCUGUGAUUUGCUUUUACUUUCAGUUUAUCGUCAAAGAUUUUAUUAGUCAUUGCCUGAAAACACUUGUGUACAGAGGGUGAGUCAGUAAUAAUCUGCAUCCAUUUCUUUAAUUAGCAAAAACAACUGAAAGAAAAGCAUAAUCCAGGAGUUUUUCAUUUUUCUUCCUGCUUUCCAGCAUAACAAAUGUAACAAGCCAGAUGCUGGUAUUUACUGCCAAAUAUACCAUUGAUUCUCCCUUCAUCCGUACAUGUUGAUAACCUCCAGCAGUAGGUAUUUUUUAAAUGGAGCUAAUAGGGGAUGACUAAAGGGAUUCACUAUGAACUAUGUAUUUGGAUUUAUGAAUGCCACAGAACAGACAUACAUAAACAAAUUACCAUAGCUCUUGAGAUUGUGUAGAUUAUAUUUUUCUACACACUCUCAUUCUUUCAUUUACUCACUCAUUCAUUCUGAAUUGGUCAGAAUAGUGGUCCCAAAAAUAAUAGAUAGCUUAAAGAUUGCAUUCUGUAAGCUGUUGCAGUAUACACCUCAUAUGUCUGUUAUUUAUAAUUUGAAACAUACGAUGAGAAGUAAAUUGCAUUCUGUUGGUUAGUUUGUUAAUGACCACUGUUGAGGUUGGUUUGUUCUCUAUGCAUGUGAAAACAUUUUGAUGCGAUGAAGGCCUUGUUAGAGCGACUUCAGUUACUGAUGUACCUUUGGAAAAUAAUGAAGGAGAAAGAAAGGGGGAAAGUGUGUUAUUUAUUUCUAUUAACAGUCAGCUCAAAUUAUUAGUGAUGAUACGUUUAUUCACAAAGGAAACUGAGUGAUGCUCUUGAAAUUUUAAAGCAAUGAGAGAAGUGCCAUAUAUUAAAAUGUGCAUAUGGAAAGUAGUGCUUUGAACCUAAAGGACUGUAACAGACAUGUGGAGAAUUAAUGACUCGCCAUCAUAUUAGGGUUUUUUCAGCAUAUGUGACCAUGUGUCAUUUUAUUAAAGGUUAUUUCAUAGUGCAAACACAUUUCUUUAAAAGUAUACUUUGUUAGUUAAAUCCAGUACAGCACAAUAUUAAAGCUACAGUUGAAAUAUACAUUUGAUAUUGAAUAUAAAUACCAGUUUCUUUAAAAAUUUCUGUUUUAAUAACAUUUACACUUGUACACUUUAUCAGUAUUUGGUGUAUUGUAGCUUUGGAGUUCUUCAUAUUUGUGACAUUGGCAUCUCGGAGCAUUAGUCGAGCACACACAUCUGUGAUAAGCUAGAGUUGUCAGAUUUGUAAGUCAGUUAUUUAUAUUCAUUUUAAUAGUUUUUGUUUCUAGGUGUUCUGUAUGAGAUAGUUACAAAGGUGAAAAACAACCAAUAAGAAUAAGAAAUAUUUGCAAAACUUUAUUUAUGUGACUUAUCUAGUUUCUUAAAUUUUACACUCUUUUUGAUCUCUAUACAGUUCUCAGUACUGAUUCCAACAUAUGUUUUCAGCAGGCACAUCUAAUUUUAUAAAUCCCAUGUUAUCACAAAAAUCUUCAUGCAUAUAAUUUUAUUGUACAUGUGUAUGUUUAUAUAAGUAACUGUUAACAUAUUUUUUCAAUUCAAAUGUACAUGUGUAGACAAAAUUGUUGGUACAACUGACUUCCCUGUAAAGAAUAACUAAUGAAUACAUAUUGAAUUCAGUUGGUAAAACAAUGUGAUACUGAUUCCAUUAUUAUGAACAUUCUAAGACCUAUGCUUGUUCACUGCCUGAGAUGUGUAGGUGGUGACUUAUUAGGGACCUGUACAGACUUUUCUUUCUUAACACUGUUUUUAAUUUUUUUAUUUUAUGUAAUAAAUUCUUUCACUGUGUUGA